CGCCAAAUAGUGGCGUCAGCAGUCGCUUCCAAUAACUUACGAACUCUCAGAGUCGCGAAUUGCAGUUCCGAUCGAAAUUUUGAACGAUUAACAACAACAAUGAUGGCGCAGUGGACGUUGCUUUCGGUGGCUAUUCUCGUAGCCGGCGGUGCCGUAGCCGAUAUUCUGGUGCAACCUGGAUACGAACAACCGCAACCGAUGCUGCAAACGCAACCAAGAAUGCAAUCCGAGGGAUUGCAGCACCGCGAAUCUCUUUCGGGGUACGCGCAACACCGACCUCCCGUUCUGAUGUAUCGUCCCAAACAUCAUCCGGUGUACGCGACCGUGCAACAGCCUAUGGGUGGGCUGGCGUACUCGUUCAUGCAACCGCAAACGUCGUACAUGGCAAAAGCUUACGAUCGCCAGCUUGCUUCGCAAAUGAGAACCCCUGGGCUCGAUGGAACGCCUGGAGUCGUUCCAACGCAUUACCUCCCUAUGGCAGUACAUAAUCGGAACAGAAGAUCAAGCGAUGACAAACCCGAUUCUAGGGCAGGCAGGGGGGAUAAACGUGAGGAAGCUGAUGUGGCCGCGAAGUCGACCUUAAACGAGCAUGUCCCGCCGGUCGUUGAUUUGCAAAGUCAGAACGGAGAAGCUACGGAAAAUUUUGAUGAGAAACAGGCGGAAGUACGUCAAAGCAGAACUGUUCAACCAUCCAGAGGUAGUCUAUUAGGCCUGAAUCCAUUGAACAUGUAUCCCGGGAUUCCACAACAGUAUCCCAUGGGAACCAUUCCGGGAAUCUCAGUUUACAACGGUCGUUCACAAAUGAUGGGCCCUCUGAUGCAACAAUCACCGUUCAUGUCUCAAAGAAACGUCGAAACAGUGGCGUUGCAACAAACUCCGACGCAAAAUCAGGCUACAAUUUCGGCGCAGAACGACGCUGCGAACCAACAAAGACACUCGUCUGAUUAUAUAUCCAAUUACGAUAGUCUUCAAGCACCCACAGACGACGGAUCGAGGGCCCGCUUAGCAUCUCGAUCAUCCAUAAAUGCCAAGAACGACAUCGCGAGCAACGACAAAGAGCUGGUGGGCACGAAAUUGCAAACGUACACGGAGCCAACGAAUCGUUUACACGCAACUUUCGGAGUGCCUAACUACGCGACUAGUGGAAAUUACCCUUGUAGCUGCACGAAUCCCGGCUACGUCGUACAGAACGUCAACGACGCGAUGUCGAAUAAUUUAGCAUUGCAGCAAACCGGCGCCCAGCAAAUGCAAUACGUUUAUCAAGUACCGAGCGUACUGGGAACGAAUUAUUUGUCGAACGCCAGAUACGUCGUCGUGCCACAAGCUUACAACAAUUAUCCUACCAGCUACAACUGGGGAUAUCAGUCCACUCCCACGCCGUUUACAGUCUGCUUGCAAAACUCCGACACGACGCCGUCCGUAGCGUAUCAGUUAGCCUAAGCGAUACCCCAAUAACUCAGCAAAUCAAACGACCGCAGGUUAAUUAACUACUUUAUUUAUUAUAUUUUAUACUUGUCUCGUAGCAUCAUCGAAAUACCCGGUAGCCAGUACUUACACGGUCAACGGUUGUAAAACGAUGAAAAUAGACGUCUCACCGAGCAAUGUCUCCCAAUAAACGUAU